AUGUCUUUUUCGCACUGGUUCCGCAACACGAGUGCACGCGAGGAGACGCGCUCCUGCAGCAGCAGCUCGCGGCGCAUCUACUCGGCGUUGAACUGGCUCUUCGAGGGCCCGUCGAGCAGCUUCCUGUCGCGAAGGGCCACGGAAAGCAAGGCUGAGCACAGCCGACCCGACGCCCACCUCGACGCGACCGCGGAGCCUUCCUCGGUUGAAGGGGCCGCUUCCACCAUGGACCAGCACCCUGAGGUGCACGCCGUCCAUGGUUCCACAUCUGCAGCGGGGGUGGCCCCGGCCUCAGACGUCGCUGCGCCGGUGGAGGGCUGCAGACUGACGCGGCUGCUAGAGCACAACAGCAGACAACAUAAUGCGGGCACAAGUCACACGAGCAAGAACGCGUCGGAUGGUAUCGAGAAACGCCGGCGGAGUCUGAGCACGCGAGUAAAGCUCCCCCCGCCCAUCGACACCGAUGUGGCCGCUAUGUCGGAAGACCACUGGACGCUUCCGUCAUACAUCAUCGUUGCCGACGACGAUGACAUUGUCGCUGCCCAAGAGCACAGCGACAGCGGCGCGUGUCCUGCGCCACUGGCGAUGGACGGCCUAUCAUGGGACAACCCCAUCGUGAUUCCUCGCACGCCGUCCGCAACGCCGUCACAGUCAUCGUCGGACGCAUCACACAGCAUGCGGGAGACGGGGCAGGGCCCGGCAACGCCUCCACCCGACGCACAAACGCCGGAGGCCCAUGUCCGUAGCGUGAGCGUUAGCUCAUGGGCAUCACCAGCAGCGAUCCCGGCCUUCCGGCCAUCCUACCGGUGCGCGCUGCUGUAUGGGGGGAAGCGGGACGUACGGCGGUGA